AUGAGUGAUAAAUCGAAAUCACCUCCAACAAAGAAAUUAAUCAAAAACAAAAUGAAGAAGCAAUUCUCCAAUGAGAAAUUCUCAACUAAAAACUACCAACCUUCAAGAUUUGUUGUUGCAGAGCGAUUAUAACCAAUAACAUAUAAGGCCCAAGAAAUUCUGAGUGAAUUUCAAACAAAAAUUGAAGAUGCCUUCUUUUCUUAGCCAAAUCAAUUGAAAAGUGUACAACCUAGUUAAUAGAGAAGUGCUAAAUAGCCAAAAGAAUAUAAAAAGAAACCGCUAAGAAGAUAAGAGAACGAUAUGCAAAUGUAUAAGGACAUCUUUGUGUAACCUAAGGCGGAUGCGUUGUAAGAGCUCAAAGAAAAAGAGAAAGAUUUUGAAGCACUCUUUCAUAAAGGAUAAGCAAAACAAUAUGACAAAAUUCUGAAUAUUAAGGAAGAUGAGGAUAAACCAGUCAAAAACUUAUUGGGAUCAUUACUAAACGAAUAACUAAUGAAAUCUACGGCUCCCAUUGAUAAUAUUGAUUUGAAAAAAGAAAUUGACAAAGUGGCCUAAAUGGAUUUGCCUGUUCAACCAGAAACUAACUUCUAGUUCUUCGAUCAAUAGAUUUCUGUCCAACCACCAGAUCUACCAAAUGCUAGUAUUGCAUCGCCAUUGACACCUGGAAAUGGUUAUGCCCCAUCCAUACCUUAUACUCAUAAUGUUAAGGAAAACAACAGAACUAGCAUUAAGGAUUUACUUGUAAGAGCCAAGGCUGGUAUGUAAGCUGGUGAUAUUUAAAAGGAAGCGCAUUUAUCAUUUUAUUUAGGAAUGGUCUAUGAGAGUAGCAAAAAUCAUAAUGAAGCUGUGAGAUUCUAUAAGAAAUUUGUGGCAUGUGCCAAACUAAUGGAAGACAAAAUAGGAAUGGCAUUGGGAACUAACAGAGUGGCAUUCAAUUAUUACAAUGCUGGUAACUUUACAAAAUCAAUUGAAUUUCAUAAACAAAAUUUAUAGUAUUCAGAUUAGGAGAAUAUGUUUACAGGAUUUUAUAAUAUGGGGUUAGCCCAGAGAAGGCUUAAGAAUUAUGAGGAAUCCAUUGAUUAUUUUUCGAAUGCUUUGGAAUGGGCUCAGAAAAGAGAUGAAGCAGAAUCAUCAUGCAUAUCAUAUGGCUAAUUGGGUAUAGUAUUUUUAGAAAUUAAACAAUAUGAUUAAGCAUUUGAAAAUUUUUAAAACUGUUAUGAAUUGGCUAGGAGAUUGAAAAAUCAUAAAUUACAAUUAGAUUGCUUGUUGAAUCUAAUUAAAAUAUCAGGAUAUCUUUAAACCUCAACGGAAGUGUAAACAUAAAUUUUGAAAAAUGCGAUCUUAUGUGCAAACCAUUUAAAUGAAAAAUCAAUCGCAACUUUAUGCUUAUGUAACUUAGGUGUUCUUGAAUCAAAACCUCCAUAACCAAAUUAAAAUUACGAUGAUUUAGAAUAUGAAUAAUUUUGAUAAAUAACAUUAUUUUUAUUAUAUAAUAAAAUGAA